GAGAUCCGGACAGGAGUGGCAGGUCAAGCCGGAAAUAGCACAUGAAUUUUGCUUUCCAAACAAAAGGAAACUACGACACUCUCAAGCGCAUGUCACACAUUGUGUGUCGCGUUAUUAAUGUUUGAGUUAAAAUGGUGCAGUGCGAGGUUCGGUACAUGAAGCUGGCCACAGAUAUUCAUGAGGAAACAGAAACCGAUCGCGCAUACGAGGAGGACAGCGAUGAAGAACAAGUGACAGUCUACUUCAAGCAGCGUGCGAAUAGACUGCAGGAUAAAGCUGGAAAGAGACUCACGUGCUUCCGUGUGUCAGUGGCUCUGGUUCUCCUGGCUAUCGUCUUGCUGUUCGGGCUUCUUCAGUGGUACGAAUGGUGGCCUGAUCCUGAUGAGCUUCACAAUGCAGGAACCAACAUCAUGAAUAUUUCAAUGGAGCAUGACGACCACCAUCACCAUACCACUGUGGAGGAAGAUGACAAGCACCAUGAUGACGAUCACCAUGACGACGAACACCAUGAUGACGAGCACCAUGAUGACGAGCACCAUGAUGAUGAGCACCGUGAUGGAGAAGAUCGCCACCAACAUCAGCACACUGCACUGUACCACCAUGCUGUUGUUCUGACAGCCUCAGCUAAGUGUUCCAGCAUUGGUAAGACUCUUCUCCAGGAAGGAGGAAACGUGGUGGAUGCAGCUAUCGCUUCUCUGCUGUGCUUGGGAGUCGUCCAUCCACACACAGCAGGAGUUGGUGGUGUAUUCUCAGCCAUCCUGUACAACAACACAUCCGGCUCACUCAAGACAAUACGUUCCACCACACCCCAGAAGUCAUCAGUCCCAUCUGUACUGCAAGGUAUCCGAGAGCUCCACUCCCAGCAGGGGCGAGCCGAAUGGAGAAGACUUUUCAAAGAAGCCAUAACAUUAGCACAGGAAGGGUUCCUCAUAGACGACGUCCUCGCCAAGGCUUUGGAAAGCCAUAAGGAGCAAAUACUGGUUUCCAAGCUGUGCGACCUGUUCUGUGAUGCAACCGGCCGCGUGAAAUCGGUUGGAGCGAUCGUCAAAAAUCAGAAUCUGUCAGAGCUUUUGCAGAGCGCCAGCCUGAAUGAGAACAAUUUCCUAGAAACGCUGGCCGUGAAAUUGUCCGAAGACCUCUCCCCGAGCGAGAGGCCAGCCUUCUUAGCCGCCAUUCAGCACAGCCGUGGAGAAAUCAAUGACUCUGUUAUCGUCGAGGGAGAGAAAUAUUCUGUCCUUUCAGCCAGUUUGCCUCUCUCAGGCCAGAUGCUAUCUGAUAUAUUAGAGCAAGUCAGGCAGCAAAGCCUCUCCUUUCAGGAUGGUGCAGAUUUUAACAGGACCUCUGCUGCCUACAGAGAUCUCUUAAACUUGAUUCAAGUACACGACAGUUCAGACCUGGCUCAGAAGUACCCAGGCCUCGUAGACACAUUUUCUCUUAAUACCCAAAACAGUCACAUUGCUGUGCUGGAUCAGUCUGGUGAUUUUGUCAUUGUGUCAGCUUCACUCAACAGCACGUGGGGAUCCGGGCAAUUUUUGCCAUCCAAUGGUAUUCUCCUUAACAGCUUUAGCGCAAACUCUGCUCACUUCAACAUUCCGCUGGUUCUAAGACUCACUCAGGACGACUCCUCUCGUAAUGAAGGCAACGGAAAAGAAAAGGAAGUAGAAGUAGUCGCCGUUACUGGAGGGCUUUCAGCUGUGUUUAAUGCUGCUGUUCUUUUGCACAACAGGAUUGAUUUAGAAAUGUCUCCUAAAGAAACUCUUAGCUUCCCUCUCCUCCAUCUAGAGCCGGGAACAACUUCGGGUUUUUGUCUGUCUUCCAUUUUAAACGACUCGGACAUCUACGCGCGGUUCUCCGACGUAGGACGUGAGCUCCAGCAGGUGGACGAGUGCUCGGAUCAUUCUCUAUCCUUGCUAAUGCGGUUACAUGCAAACCACGUUGGCGCAUAUGGAGCUCCAGCUGCUAAUGCUCAUAUUGAUGGCUACUGACAGUUUCCGUGUCUUUGCAGUCCAGCAGCGUGAAUAUUUAUCACGUUCCUUGACAAGAAAGAAAAUGAAAAUGAGUUUAAUGAGUCUAAUCAGUCAUCCAUUUUAGUCCAUCAGUUCACCAAUCAUGGUGUUCUUCAGAUUUUUACAGUAGUAAAAGGUGAACAGAAGUACAGAAGGUGAACGAGAGAUCAGUUGGUUUUGCCGUCUUCCAGUCACACAUAUGGCUACCGAAGGAAGCACCUUUUAGCCGAGUUUGCACUGUGCAGUUUUUGCUGUCUCAGACAAAAAUCACAUCAUAAAAUCAUGAAAGAAUUCUUCGGUCGUGAGUUGAGUUUGGCGAUGUUAGAAUGCAUAAUAAAAAAAGUUGCGAUUGUGUCACUGUUCAAUACAAUUUAUCUGAUUAAAUUCUCAGCUGCAGCAUAAAUCUAAAAGCCAUCUGAAAGCUGUAUCGUCUCAGUACAGCUAUAAACAGUAGUGGCACUGUUGAGACAAACAAAAUAACUUGUUUACGCUGCCCCGUUUUCUGCACUGAUCGAUCACGUAAGCACAAAGUAGUCAUUUGACAUUAAUCUCAGGGGUAUACUUGGAGAAUCUCCAUCCUGUAAACUGAAAUAGAGACCACUUUAUCAAACACUCUGUUAGCGAAUGAUAUCAGGAUUAUUUUGUACAGCGUGACAAGUAAUGAUCUUAAAAGCCUGCUGAAAUCGCACAAUGUAAAACAGACUUCCCUCAGCUCAGCUGUCCAGCAUUGAUGUAGAAGCAUUUAACAAGGCUUCAUUCUUCCCGAACAAGGAAGACUAAUCAGGUAAGCAGACUGUUCAUCAAUUUAAUCUCUGCACAUUUCAGCGAUCUCCUAUUUAUUCCCCUAGGUUUAUUGCUGAACGCAUUUUUACACAUGUGGUUAGUAUUAGGUUUAAUUUGCAUUUGUUAAAUUUUGUGUCAACUUCGUUUUUGCUCUCGUCCAUUAUCGCUAGUCCAAAACAGUGUUUACUGUAUCAUAUUCCGAAUCCUGGAAAAGCAAAGAUAUAUCCGUUCCCUCAUGUUCAAUGGCACAUAGCUGGCCUUGCUCUUCAGGUGGGAAAAUAGCAUUUCUCCCCCAUGCAGAGAAAUCGUCUGUAUCUGUUAAGCAAAGCGAGAUAUCGAUGAAUUCAUGCAUACACAAGAGGACAGUUAGCGCGUCCAUCCAAGCAUGACCAGCAGUUCAAAAAAGAUGUGAUGGCUUCACAUAUCCAGGAUUAAGCACAUGUAAGGCAGACCAGACGCAUUCAAGAAGCAGCCAUUUGAUUUAUAAAUGACCAUAAACAUGUCCUAUAUCCAACUGAGGAUAUUUUAUUUCCUUUAAAUGUUUUUUGGAUCCUGGAGAUGUUUUGACAUUCCCUAAAUCAGACUAUAUUCAGCACAAAUUCUGCUACAAUGAUAUGUAAGCAGCAUGAAUGUACGUUUGUAUAUAUUUAUUCUUUGUGUAUAUUAACAUAGCGAAGAAAGAUAGAGCAAUAAAAUACAUGCUAAAUAUAUUUUCUUAAGACUUUUGACUACCGACCAGAGUCUUUGAUACAUGUUGUGAAAACCGUCCUAACCAAACUGUUUCAGGAAGUGAUGUCAUGAGUAGUUUGCAUCCUGUUUCUGGAUCAUGUUUCCAAAAAGCUGUUAAUAAAGUGUCAUUAAAAUCCAAAUCUAAAUAUAAAUAUAAGUUUAUUUCCCCAGUAAAUGUUGCACAGAAGAAUAUUGUGUGAUUAGUCCAGACAUUUCUUCCCAGCUAAAUACACGACGUAUUAGAGGAAGAAGGUCAAACAUACGACCUCUGGGCCAGACAUGUCCCAAUAAAGGUUCUGAUCAGGUCCACCAAAACAAUUUAAAAUCCGUCAUCUAAAUGAAAAUCGUCUUACGGAGCGUAAUUGAAUUGAAAGAUUGGAAAAAAGAGCCACUAGAGGGGAAAAAGAGAGCAAUAAACUCAGGUCAUUAACUCAGCUCCUGACAUCAUGCGCUAAUGAUAUAUAAUUCUUUAUUAACAAGCUCAAAUGAAUGCUCUAUCCUUUUUAAAAGGACGGCUUUUGGGGUUAUGCAAUUACAACCUUUUUUAUUAUUAUUCCAAUUAAGUCUAAUUCAUUUCUAGGAGUGAAAAUGUUCUGUGCAUUGUGUGAACUUGAAUGUCUUUUGUUUUUGUAAUGAAUUGCAGUCUGUUUAUUUAAGAGGUGUUGUUGAUGUGUGUUUAUCCAGUCAGUUGACACUGGAGUGUAAUGUACCUAAAACCUUGACUAAGUUUAACUCCUGGUGUAUUAAAGACUCCACGGCUGACUCACCCCAACAACUGAGAACCGAUUCUUCAUUCGGAUAACCUAAUGAGGUUAGCUUAAACUUGCGCUUAAACACGCGCUCAUUUCAGCAAUCCGUACCGCCGCCUCACUCGCGUAAUUACUGAAGGUUACGACAGGACAGAUAUUUCUGCAGGUGCGUUUUGUAUUAAGCGUAAAUUAUAAACGUGAAAGCCAUUAGCUCCUCAUGCGCUCUGUGCUAUGCAAAUCCGGUCUAUCCGCAGACAGACGACAUUAUCUUCCAACCUCCGGAGAGCUGCGGGCUUGUUACAUUAAUUUAGAUGAAUGUGUACAAGGCGUGUAUAUUGAUGCCGUGCUUCACACAUCUCUUAUCAGAGUGCUGCCUUAGGGGUUAUCUGCGUUCCCCAUCCCCCUUUGAUAAAUCUUGAUUUUUCACGCUGCAGGUGAGCGGGUCUUCUCUGAUGGAAAAAAUUGCUUCCAUUAUUGCUGUGGAAGCAGAAUCUUUUCCUUUCCUCUGAUUGUAAAAGAUGUGGUCCGUCUUUGUCGGGCUUCCGCUGUAGGCUUUGAUUUUCCUCCCUCUGACCCACUGUGCUGUGUCCUUCCUCUCCUCCUCCUUUGCAUCACAAAAUGCAUCACGGAUCAGGAUGUUUCAGAAUGACUUCUUUCUCCUAGUUCAGCUAAGAAAACGUCACAUUUACAUAUCUGCAGAUAUUCUUCUUCUUUCGGCUUUUCCCUUCAGGGGUCACCACAGCGAAUUAUCUCUCUCCACCUAUCCCUAUCUUCUGCAUCCUCAACACAAGCCUCAUAUCCUCAUUUAUUACCUCCAUAUACCUCCUCUUUGGCCUUCCUCUUUGCCUCCUGCCUGGCAGCUCCAUGUCCAACAUUCUCCUACCAAUAUACUCACUCUGAACAUGUCCAAACCACCUUAAUCUGGCCCCCCUAACUUCGUCCCCCAAACGUCCAACAUGAGCCGUCCCUCCGAUGUACUCGUUCCUAAUCCUGUCCAACCGUGUCAUUCCCAAAGAGAACCUCAACAUCUUCAGCUCUGCUACCUCCAGCUCUGACUCCUGUCUCUUCCUCAGUGACACUGCCUCUAAACCAUACAGCAUGGCCGGGUCUCACCACUGUCUUGUACACCUUCCCCUUGAUUCUCGCCGAUAUUUUUCUUUCACAACAUAUCUGCAGAUAUUAUGAUCAUCAUAAAAAAAUCUAAUUAUUAUCCUCUGAUUAGAACAAGUUUCUUCGAAGGCUUGUCAUAACAGAUUUGAUUCUACUUUAUCAACCGCAUUAUGCAGCGUUUUUAAUGUCUCAUCAUGUGCACGAUUGACUUCCAUCGAAUUAACAUCGUUAAUUAUUUUCUUUUGGAUGAUGUUUUUUUUUAUUCUGUUUCUCUUCCUCUGUGUCUGUAACCUGUAGGUUUUUCAUCAAAGGGAGGCCUCCUUAUCACCCAUGCUGCAGUUAUACAUUCAUUCUGAGUGGCAGGGAGUCUGUGAAUAUUAAGGUCAUGUUUGAAUUAAAAUGUUACGAUCAGCUCCGCCUGUAUAGAAGCUUUGCCGGCGUCUCCCACUGAGGUGCUGUCACGCAGGUCAUGAAUGCCACGUAAUGAAUAUACAAUAAUAAUCACACAAUAUAUGAUUUUAAGCCUCAGCUAGAGAUUUGAGAGCAACAAUGUACAAAGGCCAGCCCUGAAUUAUUCAAAACACUAAAGGGAGUUAGCACUGUUGUUUCCCGCAAAGCUCUAAAUAAUAGGUAUUGAGUUUCAAUAUGAAUAAAAUAUUAGUAAAAAUCUAUCUGUGCACAUAUUUUUGUGACAUAUCAUGACCUCAGCAUUCUUUCUGCCAUUUAAUCCAGUGUGAGUGCAGAAUUUCAGGUUUUAUUGCAUUUAUUCUGAUUUUAUUUAUUUAUUUAUUUAUUAUUUCAGCUUCAGUGUUGAUAAGAAGUUUGUAAUUCAUGCUAUUUUUGUGGCUGAAAAAUGUUUUUGUUAUAGAUUAUUAUGUAUACACUACUGUAUAAUGGUAAUGAUCAUUAUUUCAGUCAGCUCUAUAAACUCUAUGGCAAAAAGUAUGUGGACACCUGAUCAUUACACCCAAUAUGAGAGUCUUCCCCAAAUUUUUGCCAUCAAGCUGGAAGCAACUGUCUGCAAUGUCCUUGUAUGCUGCAACGUUAAGAUUCUUCUUCACUGAGUAAAGAGGUCGAGUCCAAACCCGUUCCAGCAGAACAUGACCUCUGUGUAAAAACUGAGGGUUGGAGCAGAAGAACUCGAGUGGACUGCACCGACACCUGACCUCAACCCCACUGAACACCUUUGGGAUGAACUGGAACACCGAGUGCGUGUCGGUGCCCGACCUCGCUAAUGCUCUUGUGGUUGAAUGAACACAAAUCCCAAAAGCUACAGAAUGUUCCAAAAUAAAAGACUUCCUAAGAAGAAUAAAAGUUACUAUAGCAGCAAAAUAGGGGAAUAAACAGUAAACACUUAACCAGCUGAUGAUCUAUAUUUUCAUCCCAUUUCUUUAUGAUGCACAUUAAAUGCAGCUUUUAUGUAAUGACAGUGUCAACUUUUACCAUGUGGCAUUGAUUAUUAUACUGAUUAU